GAGGAUUCAGGAUGUCCGCACUGCACACAAGUGAUCGUGGAGUUCAGUAAUGAAGAACAUCGCUGCCGAUCAGUCAUGGAGCAGUCGGCCAACUACAACCAAGACUUUCUAUUCAAGGUCCUCGUUGUGGGUGACUUCGGAGUUGGCAAGACAGCGAUCGUCCGCCGGUACACCGAGGGAGAAUUUUCCCAGAACUACAAGAUCACCAUCGGAGUGGAUUUUCUCAUCAAGCGACUUCGAUGGCAUCCCAACAAACAGAUAACGCUCCAAAUGUGGGAUAUCGCCGGUCACGAGAGAUUCGGAUCUCUGACCCGGGUCUACUACAAGUACGCGACCGCUGCAGUUUUGGUCUACGAUCUCAGCAGACCCACAACUCUGGAGUCGAUCAUCAAGUGGCGCGAGGAUCUCCGUGAGAAAACAGACGAUGCGAGAUUGCCAACUUUGCUCCUGGCGAAUAAAUGCGACAUCUCUCAGGAUUGGCCCGAUCUCGAUAAAUUCUGCAAACAGCACGGUAUCGAUGCGUGGUUCCCCACGUCAGCGAAGGAAAACGUGAACGUUGACGAGGCGAUCAACUUCCUCGUCGAGCGAAUUCUCGAAGGAGACUCCGUUCAGAGCCACAACGCACCCGAUGAUGGAGUCAAUCUCGAAGACAAACCGACUUCAAGCCUUUGCAAUUGCUGAGAAACGGACCGACCCGUGUGAUGAGUCAUAUUCAGUUACUCAUCUCCCAGAAGAGUUUUCUUACACUGCUACCGGGGUCGUCCCGCCACGACCUACCUGUGGAGCUCUCGAACAGACCGAUUCUUCGGAGGUCAUGCUGAAACCUUGACGCCGGGAACCCCAUCCAGAGCCUCCUCAGUUUUAUAGAGAAGCUCACCGGCCCGAGGAUAUUGCUCCUUUCUCCAAAACCUCGGCUCCGUCAUUCAGCUUCAGCUUCGGCAAUCCCCAGAUGCUGAGAUAAGAUCGGGCUUGUGAUCGUUCGUGGUUGAUUAUCGCGCGAGAGAACUUUGCUCAUGCUUGCAUCCCCAACUGCAGGGUGGUCCGACUGUAGACUGUAUGUAUAUCUAAUGACUUUAUUUAUACCGGAUACUUCAAUGACGACGAUUCCACCUUGCUGUUGCGAUAUGAGACGCUAUUGCUUCUCUAGGC